GAGGAGGCGGCGGCGGCGGCGGCGGCGGCGCUGGGAGCUCCUGUCACCGCCGGGGCCCGGCCGGGAGGGAGAACAGGGGACGCGAGGGCGCGAGGGCCGGGACAUGGGGCCCUGCAGCCCCGCCGCUCGCGGUCUGGGCCGCCGCCGGGGCCAGCUGUCGCUGCCCCUGUUGCUGCUGCUUCUGCGCGCGCAGCUCGCCGUCGGGAGCCUGGUCGGUGGGAGCCCCGGCGCAGCCGAGGCCCCGGGCUCGGCCCAGGUAGCUGGACAUUGCGGACACCUGACGCUUCACCGGGACCUGCGCACCGGCCGCUGGGAGCCGGACCCUCAGCUCUCGCACCGCUGCCUCCGGGACCCACAGCGGGUGCUGGAGUACUGCAGACAGAUGUACCCAGAGCUGCAGAUCGCACGUGUGGAACAGGCGUCACAGGCCAUCCCCAUGGAGAGCUGGUGUGGGGAUGCCCAGAGUGGCCACUGUGCCCAUUCCCACCCCCAGAUCGUGCCUUUCCACUGCCUCCCGGGUGAGUUCGUGAGUGAGGCCCUGCUGGUGCCCGAAGGCUGCCGGUUCUUGCACCAGGAGCGCAUGGACCAAUGUGAGAGUUCAACCAGGAGGCAUCAGGAGGCACAGGAGGCCUGCAGCUCCCAGGGCCUCAUCCUGCAUGGCUCAGGCAUGCUUUUGCCCUGUGGUGCUGAUCGCUUCCGGGGUGUGGAGUAUGUGUGUUGCCCCCCUCCAGUGACCUCUGACCCAUCAGGGACAGCAGUUGGUGACCCCUCUACCCGGUCCUGGCCCCUGGGGGGCCGAGUAGAGGCGGGUGAGGAUGAGGAAGAGGAGGAAUCCUUCCUCCAGCCAGUGGAUGAUUACUUUGUGGAGCCCCCACGGGCUGAAGAGGAAGAGGAGGAGGAAAGAGUCCCACCCCCGAGCUCGCACACCCCUGCAGAAGUCAGAAAAGUCACUCCUACCCCGAGGCCCACAGAUGGUGUUGAUGUAUACUUCGGCAUGCCUGGAGAAAUCAGCGAGCAUGAGGGGUUCCUGCGGGCCAAGAUGGAUCUGGAGGAGCGUCGGAUGCGCCAGAUCAAUGAGGUGAUGCGUGAAUGGUCCAUUGUAUGUGUCACAUUCCCUUCAUCCCUCUUUCCUUCAUCCCUGCCUCAGUGUCCCCAUCUCUGGUCUCCAUUGUGCCAGUCAUCCUUCGUCCUUACUCCCUCACAGGUGCAGACCCACCUUCAAGUAAUUGAGGAAAGGAUGAAUCAGAGCCUGGGGCUGCUUGACCAAAACCCUCACCUGGCUCAGGAACUGCGGCCCCAGAUCCAGGAACUCCUCCAAUCUGAACACCUGGGUCCUAGUGAACUGGAAGUGCCUGCCCCAGGGGGCAGCAGUGAGGACAAGGGUGGGCUGCAUUCUCUGGACACCAAGGAUGAAGAUACCCCAGUGCCUCUUCCAAAAGGGUCAACAGAUCAAGAUGCUGCAACCCCUGAGAAAGAGAAGCUGUCCCCCCUGGAGCAGUAUGAGCGAAAGGUGAAUGUGUCUGUUCCAAGGGGAUUUCCUUCCCACUCAUCGGAGAUUCAGAGAGAUGAGCUGGCACCAGCUGGGACAGGUGUGUCCCGAGAAGCUGUGUCUGGGCUGCUGAUCAUGGGAGCAGGUGGGGGCUCCCUGAUCAUCCUCUCCAUCCUGCUCCUGCGCAGGAAGAAGCCCUAUGGGACCAUUAGCCACGGGGUGGUGGAGGUGGAUCCCAUGCUGACCCUGGAGGAGCAGCAGCUCCGUGAACUGCAGCGUCACGGCUAUGAAAACCCCACCUACCGCUUCCUGGAGGAACGGCCCUGAACCAGCCCCAACCCCCCAACCCUCUCACUUGUCAUCCCUUUGGCUGAGCCCAGACCUCCCCUUUUCCUGGAACUCCAAGAACCCCAACUCCCAGCCUGGGGGGAGGAGGUCUUGAAAAAGUUUGUUUCACACCCUUUGCAAGGGGGCUGGAAAUUUGUACUUCCCAUUUCCAUUUGCAAAGCCCCGUGCCUAAAAAUAUUCCCAGGUAUCCCCCAACUGCCUCCUUGCUUAGGACCUACUCACUUUUAAUUUAUUCUCUAAGUUAAUUUAUUGCUCCAUAAGGGGAACCACUUGCUUGGUCCUGGUGUCUGUUGUCCCCUGGAAUUCACCUUCCUAUGUGUCCCACAUUAACAUCUCAAUAAAGUCUCCUACCCCCCCCC